GACUCCCUUCCAGAAUAUUCUUAAAUCUACGGAGUAUAAAUUAACAUUUCCCGUCGCUUUCCCCUUUCUCUCUCUAUCCUCAAAUCAUCUCUCUCUCUCUCUCUCCUCGGGUUAGGGUUUUCAAGCAGCGAAACCAGAAACCAUGUCGACCCGAAAGAAGAUCGUCCUGAAAUCCUCCGACGGGGAGACCUUCGAGGUCGAGGAGACCGUGGCCCUGGAGUCCCAGACCAUCAAGCACAUGAUCGAGGACGACUGCGCGGACAACACCAUCCCCCUCCCCAACGUCACCAGCAAGAUCCUCGCCAAGGUCAUCGAGUACUGCAGGAAGCACGUCGAGGCCUCUGGCGCCGGCAAGGCCGCCGACGACGUCGACAAGGACGCGGCCGACGAGGAGGCUCUCAAGAAGUGGGACGCCAAGUUCGUCGAAGUCGACCAGGGCGUGCUCUUCGAUCUCAUCUUGGCGGCUAAUUAUCUGAACAUCAAGAGCCUGCUAGAUUUGACAUGCCAGACGGUGGCGGACAUGAUCAAGGGAAAGACUCCAGAGGAAAUCCGCAAGACCUUUAACAUCAAGAAUGAUUUCACUCCGGAGGAAGAAGAGGAGGUUCGCAGGGAGAAUGCUUGGGCAUUCGAGUGAAACACCAAAUGGGUUGGGCAAAAAUGUUAGUAUCAGAGGAAAUGCAUUGAAGUGAAACACCAAAUGGGUUAGGCAAAUAUGUUAGUGUCAGAGGAUUUCCUUCUUUUUGAAAGCUGCUUCGUACACAUUUUGUUUAUGUUAGUAAAUAUGUGUAUGGGAUAACAAUUCUGAACCAUCUGUUUUCUUAUGAAGUUGAACCGCUUGUUAUCUUUCCAUUGGCCGUGGAGUUAAGAUUCUUAAAUUGUUUA